AUGAAACAUCCAGCUAACAGUCGCGGAUUUAACGUGACGCCUGAAAAGGCCGUUCAGUUCACCAAAAUAACAGUAUUUUUAACGUGUGCAUGGCCACCGAGUAAUGAAUCGCGACUAUUUAAACUAUUCAUAUAUUUUUCAAUUUUUCUAUCCAUUGCAUUAUUUUUACCUCUAGUAGUUUCUAUUAUCAAGUUUUGCGAUAAUUUUUUCAUCGUAAUGAAAUCGGUAAUUUUUAUCUGUGGCAUCACCAAUUAUGUCGCCAAAGUAAUUACCGUUAGAAUUUACCAAAAAGAAUUUCAGCAACUUGGAUCAGCAGUUGACGAUUUCAUCAACAAAGCUAGUGUCAGUGAAAAGCAAGUUUUGCAAAAAUAUGUCGACAAAUGCUGGAAAUUUCAGUUAUUCAUGACAUGCAGUUAUUAUUUGACAACAACAGGGAUAAUUAUUGGACCUUUAGUGCUACCUCAAAAAUUUCCUACUGACGCAGUGUACCCGUUUCCGGUGGAUAAUCAAAUUAUUUCACUUAUGGUUUACUUGCAUCAGUGCAUUGUUGGGUAUCAGUGCUCAGCCGGAAUGGCUUUGGAUUGUCAAGCUGCUUUAUUUAUCUGGUACUUGAGCGCCAAAUUUGAAUUGCUUAUUUCAGAAACUAAGAAUGUAGUAACUUAUAAUGAGUUGCGUCAUUAUAUAAAAAAGCACCAAGAUCUACUAACAUACGCAGAGGAGUUGAUUCGCCCAACGCGCGUAAUGGCUUUUUCUACUGUUUCAGUGACUAAGAUCGGAAUGAUUUUUGGUGGUGUUUUUUUGAUUUCAGAUGAACCAUUGGCUGUAAAAAUUCAAUUUGGAAUAAUGGUUAUAAGUACGACAGUUAAUAUUUAUGUUUGCACUUGGGCUGCUGACUAUUUGAUAACUAUUUCGAGUUCUACCUUGUCAGACGAAAUCUUCAGCACAACAUGGAUGCAUGGACCAAAAUUAAGAAAAUUAUGGCUCAUUGUUCUUCACCGGGCACAAAAACCCGUUGUUAUAAAUAUUCCAGGUCUUCUCAAGACACUUUCCAAUGAAUAUUAUUCUGCGUUUCUGUCAGCAGCGUUUUCUUGCUUCGCAACAAUUCGCGUUGUCGUUAAUUCUUAG